ACUAUGACCGUAUUCUGAUUCGAGGAGAUUAUUCCUUUAGUGGUAUUCAAAAAGAGCCGAUGUCUCGUGUCGAUAAAGCUAACGUUAGUCAUAUCGCAAGCCGAUUGUGAUACAAACGCUCACAUUUAUUGUAUGGUGGGAUGCUACAUUUAAUUUAAAACUUUUAUUUUAUUGUUUGUAUAUAGAGUUAUUAUGUUCAGUUUUAAUGCUGUUUUGUGGUUUUAUUAAGAUUAAUUUAGAGACUGCGUAGAAUAUGUGUAGGACCAUUAACUGCAAAGAGUGAAAAAUUAUGGAAAUUAGAGAAUAAAAACGCGACCAUUUACAACAAAUAAAGCUGUAAAAUAAAUCCAUUUUAACGUUUAAAAUAAAAUAUUGAAUUUUAAUUGAAUAUAGUGAAUAAUAAAGCAACUGGAAAUUUUCAUUUUCAGCUGCUCAUUUACUAUACCUCAUGAACCCAGGAGUGCGAUGAUUGCAAGAACAUAAAAAUAACAAAUUUUAUUCAAAUCUAUCACUUAAAUUGUAUUUACAAAUCAUGAUAGUGUCGUGGAUGUGCUGUCUUUAAUUUAUGCUGGCCAAAAAAAAAAGAAGCAGAAUAAGCAGAAUUAACACAAAUAAAUAAAACAUCUGGAUGCAUUUGGGGAUUACUCGUCAUGCCGGUGAUGAUGUGCCCAUCCCUGAAGAGCAAGAAACAGAGGGCCAAAGACAACUACACAAUCUGCUCCUACAGCAACUGGAUACAGAUGUAAACAUUGACCGGUGUAUCGCUAAGAAGAAAUGCUUUGCUCCAGCAGCAGUAUACAAGCCUUUCGGGGAACAGGCAGCUGGUGUAAGGAGUCUGUCCCAGUUCCAGGCCUUGCAGGACGGGGAUCAGGAACUUGCCGCUCUGAGAGAGCUGGGUCUUACAGAUGCUGAAAUAGAGCUGUGGAGAUGCAGGGAUCAAGCAGAAAGCUCUUGGAAGGACAGAGGGGUUUGCAUUGCACCUGAGGUCAGGAAUGAGCGCCUGCAGGUCAUCCGGGAUAAAAUGGCAGCGCAUGCAGAGCUGCUGUCCAGACCUCAGCGUUUCUCAAGCAGUCGGCCACUUUCCCGUAGGGAGAUGGAAAUCGAAAAGGCUCUUUUUCAAGGAAGUGACCGCAGCAGCUUCCUUACUGCUCUUUACCACAGAGAGUCACCAGGCAGCCAGCAGGGGGCGACAUCCGUCAUAGCAAUGGAUCAUUUCUAUAAAGACUUUCUUGAAGACCAGAACAAAAACUUUUUGGAUAUUUCAGAGUGUUUGCCUCAACCAAAAAUUGCUAGCAAUAUCCAACGUGAAUCGCCAAGCUCUAAAACAGACCAAUCUCAAACUCCCACAGUCCAUGAUUCCGGCCCAACCAAAAACCAACACACAUGCUCAGAACCAACCUCCGUGUCAGACACUGUCAUCCAACCACAGGCUCAAGAAAAAAAGGUUAUACCUACAAAAGUGACAUUAAGCCAAUCCAUUGGCACACUUAGUGCAGCUUCUGGUGGUCAUGAUGGGCCUGUUACAGUAAGUGGAAGGAUAGAGGAAAUUUCAGAUGAACAGAUCAAGAACAAUCGGGAGACAGAAGAGGGUAUACGAAAUAUUCCACGAUUUAAGAACUACCAGAGAGGGACGCCAUCUAAUGUCCUGUGCGUGAAGAACAUGAGUCCACGGGCAUCGCUGGCUCAGCUGGUUUCUCUCUUUUCGAGGUUUCAGAAGGACGACACACAGCCCAUUCUGUACCGCUUGCUAACUGCUCGACUAAAGGGCCAAGCUUUCAUUACAUUUUCUGACGUCGAAAGUUCCCAAGCAGCUCUAGACUUGUUAAAUGGCUACAAGCUGCUUGAAAAGCCACUUAUCAUUGAGUUUGGUCGAGAGAGAAAUAAAGAAACCGAUGCACCCUCUGCAGAUCCCAACACCACCUUCAGUAUAAAGCCAUCAUGCAACGAGAAACCGGUCUAACUGUAUUUAAUAGGCUUUUUCUUUAUUUGUAAACAGUAUUGUAAAUGGUUCAUUUACAUUAAUUUCAUAUGCUGUUUAUUUGGAAAUAGAGUGACUUUGUGAAUGUC